AUGAAGACCUCUCCUCAUUGGUCCGUCCCCUCUUUCACUUCCGAGGGCCCCACCCAGAAGCAGGUUCUUGUGUUGUUCAGGGGUACCCCUCCCAACCUCACAAAGUUUUUCACUGAGUCGGCUGUACGUGUGGCCAACGGGUACCUCAGGGAUGGCUGCUCCAUGUUGAAGGUCACCUCCAUCGUCCGUGUCUACGAUGGCCUGUUGUUGGUCACCCCCGCUGUUGCCAGCCUGUCUGACCUGGACAUUCUGCGCAACUUCAUCCGCGAGAGCCUCCCAACAGGUACUCCAUUCGAGGUUGCGCUCCCAUCAUCGACAUCUUUUAUUAAGAUCCUCGACAUUCCCUACUUCGACCUGAAGGGGCUGAAGAUAACUCAGGAGGCACUUGAGAAGGCCCUCCACACCUCGGUUCAUGCUGAGGUUUUUGCCUAUCUGAGCACCAAGCCUCGGAUCGAUCGCAACUCGGUGCACUUGACUUCAUGCACUGUGUACUGCAACAUCUGGGACUCCCAGCAGGGAACCCGAGCCAAGCAGGCCUUAGGCCAACCGAUCUUCCUCGCUGGGUGGUCCUGCACAAUCAGGCCCGCCGCUGUCAGCAAACAAAGGGUUAGUUCCUGGGUUUCACCAGAGAGUCGUUACUCGGGCUAUUCCACCAGUCAACCACAGUAUGAGGAUUGA